GACAGAACGGAUAGACAGGUAGAAGACAGGAAAUUGUCGACAGCCAUUGACCAGUGCUUCUUCUUGUGGGAGCCGUCCCCCACCUCAUAUACCGUGCCAAAGUCGAGGCACGAACCAUUUUGUGCGUAUCUCGAUAGAUAACCUACAUCCGUGGCCAUGGCUUCCUCGCUCACAUUCCUUGCUCGGCAUGCGCCCAAAAGGCUAUGUCUCGCCCCCUCAUCCUCCUCCGCAUUUAGAGUUUCCUCAAUCGCAGGACUGAGAUCAAUAUCUACCUCACCCGCUCUUCAUGCCACUCCUGCCUAUCGGCCUACUAGACUCAUCCCUACGGAUCCGGAAUUCGCACCGGGCGGGCCAAAAUAUCAGCCCAACAAGCCGCCAGGUUCAUACGCUGAACCCGCAGCCCUUGAAUCUGAAGUUGAACUUGGCCGCAAGGUCCGCCAUUACACAGUUAACUUCGGCCCUCAGCAUCCGGCUGCGCACGGUGUGCUCCGGUUGAUUUUGGAGCUCAAUGGAGAGGAAAUUAUUCGAGCAGACCCCCAUGUUGGAUUGCUGCAUCGCGGCACGGAAAAACUGAUCGAAUAUAAGACUUAUUUGCAAGCGCUGCCAUACUUUGAUCGAUUGGACUAUGUUUCGAUGAUGACGAACGAGCAAUGUUUUUCGUUGGCGGUGGAGAAACUACUUAACGUCGAGAUUCCAGAGCGGGCGAAAUGGAUUAGAACAUUGUUCGGGGAGAUCACCAGAGUCCUGAACCACCUCAUGUCGGUAUUAUCACACGCUAUGGACGUUGGAGCGUUAACUCCAUUCUUGUGGGGAUUCGAGGAGCGUGAGAAAUUGAUGGAAUUCUACGAACGUGUUUCGGGAGCCCGUCUACAUGCUGCAUAUGUUCGACCGGGAGGGGUUCAUCAAGAUAUCCCCCUCGGCCUCCUAGACGAUAUCUACCAGUGGGCAACUCAAUUCGGCGACCGUAUCGACGAGACCGAAGAACUGCUUACCGACAAUCGUAUUUGGAAGGCUCGAACCCAGGGCAUUGGCGUAGUCACUGCCGCAGAGGCCCUCAAUUACGGCUUCACGGGAGUCAUGCUCCGUGGCUCCGGCGUUCCAUGGGACGUCCGCAAAUCCCAACCUUACGAUGCGUACGACCAAGUAGAAUUUGACGUCCCGGUAGGUGUCAAUGGAGAUUGCUAUGACCGAUACCUUUGCCGCAUGGAGGAGUUCCGCCAAUCCCUUCGCAUCAUCCACCAAUGCUUGAAUAAGAUGCCAGCAGGCCCCGUUCGCGUGGAGGACUACAAGAUCUCUCCGCCCCCGAAAGCUGCCAUGAAGGAGAACAUGGAAGCGCUCAUCCAUCACUUCCUCCUCUUCACAAAGGGAUAUGCAGUGCCUCCUGGCGAAACGUACUCCGCUAUUGAGGCACCCAAGGGUGAGAUGGGUGUGUUCCUCGUCAGCGAUGGCAGCGAACGACCAUACCGAUGCAAGAUUCGUGCUCCCGGUUUCGCCCAUCUGUCUUGUUUCGAUCAGGUUGCUAGAGGCCAUCUGCUAGCUGACGCAGUCGCAAUCAUUGGUACCAUGGAUCUCGUGUUUGGCGAAGUAGACAGAUAAUCGGAGAAUAUCAGCAUUAACCAUGAAGAGAACCCGCCUACUUACUCAUGGACAUGUUUAAUAAUCCUCUUCCCUCUUUUUUGCAAUUCUAGUAGAAAAGGGGUGGAAGGAAAAGAGUUUUAAAAGAAAAAAAAAUAGACAAACAAAUUUCUGUAUUUUUCUCCAAAAUCCCGCCCUGCUAUACCGUUCAAUAGGUCCAUCAACCCUCCACCUUGUAAAAUCUUUUCCAAAACCCGCGGACAGACUGUUGAUUCAUUUGAUUCUACUUUCCUUUUUUCCUUCCCAUUUCCUUUUCUUUUUGCAUAUCAGACUUCCUGAUCAAGUUCUCUUUUUGCUUUUCGUCCCCUGUACCGUUAUCCUCACGGGUGUCCAUCCGCAACUAUUGUUUCCCGCUACUCCAGUGUUCCCUAUUGUUACCUUCUAUCCUCUUUUUUUUUUUUUUUUUUUUUUU